AUGGCAGCACGACAAUUACCUCAAGAAUUGAUAUUUAUUUGUUUAAAAUUUGGUAUAACUUAUCAAUCAAUUCAAAUUGAUAAAUCAAAUCCAAAUGUUCUUAGGGAACUUCAUCAAAAUGCAAUUGAUAUUGUAUCAAAAGCUAUUGGUAAUCUCGAAAUGAGUAAUCAUCAUCAUUGUAUUAAACUAUUUCUUAUAUCACCUGAUCAUCAGCCACCAAGUUUAAAAUUAAUAACACGUUCAAGUGAUUUAACACCAGCAUGUUAUAUUGAAAUAAUUAUAUGGCGCUCAGAUCAAGAAACAUUUACUCCACCACUUGAUCAUGUACUUGUUGAACAUAAUUUUAAAAAGCCUACACGUUGUGCAGCUUGUGAUUAUCCUAUACGAGGUUUGAUGAAACAAGAUAAACGAUGCAAAGUAUGUUCACGUGGUUUUCAUCGUCGAUGUGCUGAAAAUUUACCAGCUGAUUGUCCAGGCACAGAUACAAGACGUGGUUCAUUAUUAAAUCGUGAAUUAUCAAAUACUACAGUUAGUUCAAUGUCACAAGGUCAUGCGUAUACGGAUAAAGAUUUAGCAAGUGUAGUUACUACUUCAUCAAAACGAACAAAAUUUGGAAAAUUCUUUAAUGUUUCAAUAUCAAGACCUUCGUCAUCAUCAUCAUCAAUGCUUUCAACAUUAUCAACGCGUGUAAUAUCAUCAAAAUCAAUUUUAACAAAUUCAAAUAAAAAUAAUGACAGUCAAAAUCUUUCAGUGCGUAAUACAAAUGAAUCCUUGACACCAAAUACUUUCAGAAAUAAUUCACGUCGAAAUUCACGUUUUCAACAAGAUCAAAAUACAAAUGUAAAUUCUCGAUCACCAAUGGUAGCACGAAGAAAUUUUAAUCCAAACCAACAUAGAGAUAUUAAAUUAACAAAUUGUCAUGAAAAAGAUGGUGUAUGGAUAGCAACAGGACAAUACGGUCGAGAAAGUCGACAUAGUCAACGUGCAGAGAUCUCAUAUGAUAAGAAAAAAUUUAGAUUUACACAAAAAGAUGAUCAAGGAACUACAAAUGUUUUUGAAAUAUCAGUAACAGAUGUUGAAGGUUAUCGAUUUCAAUUAUCAUCUAAUUCAGCAGCAAAUGGCACACAAUUAGUUGAUAAUAUAUCUGGAACACAAACGGGGCAAGCAGUAGUUUAUCGAAGAUUAGCUUGUUUACUUCUUGAUACAAUAAAUGAAGCUGUACAAUCAACAAAAGAUCAUAAGGCACAUUCUUCUUUUAAAAUGGUUCGUGGUACUGAAAAUGAUACGAAAGAUUUUUCUGAUCUAUAUGAUAUGAAUGAAAAAGAUAUACUUGGUUCGGGUCGUUUCGGUAUGGUAUUUGGUGGCACAAUGCGUCGUAAUGGUGUACGUGUUGCAAUAAAAAGAAUUCAAACAACACAAUGCACACAAAAAGAUCGAGAAAAUAUCGAACGAGAAGCUGAUUAUUUAUUUCAACUUAAUCAUCCGGGUUUGUUUUAUUAAAUUUUA